GAUCGUUCUCUCGCUCACCAGGCUCUCGUCUUGAACGGCGCCGUUUUCGCUGACCGUCCACCGGCGGCUCCGGUCAGCAAGAUUGUUUCUAGCAACCAGCAUAACAUCAGCUCUUGUUCGUAUGGAGCCACGUGGCGGCUUCUCCGCCGUAAUCUCACCUCUGAGAUUCUCCACCCGUCGCGCGUGGGAUCUUACACUAACGCGCGGCGGUGGGUUCUUGAGAUCCUCUUCGAUCGGUUUCGUAAGAACAGAGGUGAAGAACCGAUCGUUGUGGUUGAUCAUCUUCACUAUGCGAUGUUUGCGCUUCUUGUUCUCAUGUGUUUUGGUGAUAAGCUCGACGAGAAGCAAAUCAAACAAGUGGAAUACGUUCAGAGGAGACAGCUUCUUGGGUUUACUAGGUUCAACAUCCUUAAUCUCUGGCCUAAGUUCACUAAACUGAUUCUGCGAAAGAGAUGGGAAGAGUUUUUCCAGAUGAGGAGAGAGCAGCACGACGUUUUGCUUCCGCUGAUUCGUGCUCGGAGGAAGAUUGUUGAAGAGAGGAAGAAGAGAUCAUCAGAGGAAGACAACAACAAAGAGUAUGUACAGUCAUAUGUUGAUACUCUGCUCGAUGUGGAGCUUCCAGAUGAGAAGAGGAAGUUGAACGAGGACGAGAUUGUGAGUUUGUGCUCUGAGUUUCUCAACGCCGGGACUGAUACAACAGCCACGGCGCUAAUGUAUGGAGUGGGAAAGUGA